AUGGAGAGAGUGAUGAACAUCAUAAAGCCGAAGCCUGAUCCGAAGCAGCUCUUGCGUGAUUGGCAACGCAAACUUCGUCAGGAGUGCCGUAACAUUGAACGCCAAAUCCGAGAUAUCCAGAAGGAAGAGAGAACUGUACAGAAAGCUAUUAUAGAGGCUGCAAAGCGAAAUGAUAUGGGCUCAGCCAAGGCGCUUGCUAAGGAGAUUGUGAGCUCGAGAAGAACAGUGAACAGACUAUAUGAAAACAAGGCGCAGAUGAAUUCGAUAUCGAUGCAUCUUGGGGAGAGUGUUGCUGUUGCUCGAACAGUUGGUCAUCUGUCCAAGAGUGCAGAGGUUAUGAAGCUGGUUAAUAACCUCAUGAAAGCUCCACAAAUGGCUGCAACAAUGCAGGAAUUCAGCAAAGAGAUGACUAAGGCUGGAGUUAUUGAGGAGUUUGUGAAUGAUGCGCUUGACAAUGCCUUGGAUUCGGAGGAUAUGGAAGAAGAGAUCGACGAGGAGGUUGAUAAAGUAUUGACGGCAAUUGCAGGAGAGACCGCUGCAGAGCUUCCAGAAGCUGUGAAGAAGGAAAGGGUAAAGGUAACUGCACAGAAGGCGAGCACUUCCCGUGAGGAAGAGGCAAUUGCAGAGGGUGUUGAUGAUGAGGAAGAAUUGGAGGAAAUUCGAGCACGGCUUGCUAAAUUAUCUGGCCCUUCUGUCCAAGAGCUCGGCCGCUACACCAGUUACUACUACAGUGUUUCUCAAUCAGCCAAUGAUUAUGCACUGGAGAUGAAACUGAUUACCGAGUCCGAUCAUGAGUCUCAAGCUAGAAGUAGUUUUGCUGGCCCUUAUGUCCAAGAGUUUGGCCAGUUACUACAAUGUUUCUCAAUCAGGCAAAUUCAUAUCGCUGGACACAGGGUUCCGAUGGAUCAGCCAAAGGCUUCUUUGCAAAUGCUUCAGACUUGGAUGCAAGGAAAGCUCGGCUCUCCGACCGUCUAUGAUUCUUAA